AUGAGGCUCGUGCUGGGCGUGGUUGCCCUCUUAGCCACUCUGCAGUGCUGCUGUUCGGGCGCAGAUGCAGAAGGCAGCACACUCGUGGACGCCGCAAUUAAAAAAGCAGUUCAGGAGUCUGUGGGAGUUCCCGUGAGUGAGUUCUGGAAGGACUUUUACGGGGCGGUCGUGCGUCAGAAGGGCGCGCGGGCUGCGAGGCGGCUGCGCUACCUGCUCGCCAGGCUCCUCGGCCGCGACGACGCGCUCGCGCUCGCCCGCUUCCUCAUGGACAAACUCAAGGAAGAGGUCUUCCAGAACCGCGUCAACAAAGAAACUUGGGACGAACUCACCAUGGAGCUCUACAGUGCCAUUCGGGAGUGGUGGCGGGCCACUCCCGAGCACCCGCGGGACGCUGCGGACUUGGGCGCGUGGCAGGCCCUCGUGAACUUGCAAAAAAACAGCCUCGGGCCUUCUCUGCGCGGCAGCUCGCGCCUCAACACUAUCAACGAGCUUCUCCUCGAGCCGGAUCUCGAGACGCUGCGGGGGUGGGUCAGCGAGUGGCGGGGGGCCGCGGCCGCGGCCCCGGAGGAGAAGCCCGCCGAGCCCGCAGCAGCAGCAGCAGCAGCGGCGGCGGCCCCGGAGAAGCCCAAGGAGGAAGAGCCGAAGAAGGAGAAGAUGCAGCGGCUGCAGGCAAUUUCAAAUCAAGUAACCCAAGCAUUGACCUCCGGCUCGCCAGACGACGUCGUCAUUUGCUGCGCUAUUCGAACUCCGCUGACGAAGGCGAAGAGGGGCGGACUUAAAGAUGAAUUCCCCGAAAGCCUUUUGAAGGUGCUUUUCGAGGCGCUGCUGAGGCGCACCCAAAUUGACCCAAAACUCAUCGAAGAUGUUUGCAUUGGAAAUGUUCUGCAGCCAGGAGCUGGGGCUCUGGGGGCUCGCAUUGCAGCUUUUCUGGGCGGGCUGCCGCAGAGCACUUCAGUGCAGACAGUCAACAGGCAGUGCAGCAGCGGGCUGCAAGCAGCAGCAGCAAUUGCAGGCUCCAUUGCAUGCGGGAACAUCGACAUUGGCCUCGCUGGCGGCGUGGAGUCGAUGACGCACUUCGAAAUGACUUCGGUGUUCAAUCCGGAGAAAGUUUCGGAAGAAGUUUUUGCGCACGAGAAGGCCCGCAACUGCUUGCUGCCGAUGGGGACGACUUCCGACACUCUCGCGCGGCGCUUCGGGAUCACAAGAGAAGAACAAGACGCAAUUGCUGUUGAGUCCCAUUCGAAAGCUUUGGCUGCGCAAAGUUCGGGUCGUUUCGACGAAGAAAUUGUGCCGGUGACAAUCAAGAGAAAAGAUGCAAGUGGAAACGAAGUUACUGUCACUGUCGACAAAGAUGACGGCGUCCGAGCCGGCACGACUCUCGCGGCGCUGCAGCGGCUGCAGCCCGCCUUCGACAAGAGCGGAACCACCACAGCUGGUAACAGCAGCCAAGUCACCGACGGCGCUGCCCUUCUUCUCAUGGCCCGCAGAUCUGCUGCCAUUCGUUUUAAUCUUCCCAUUUUGGCGCGCUUCGUCUCUUUUGCUGUCGCCGGCGUGGACCCCGAAGUCAUGGGUGUCGGGCCCGCCGUGGCCAUCCCCCAGGCGCUCAAGAAAGCGGGAAUUAGCAUGGAAGAUGUGUCAGUCUUCGAGUUGAAUGAAGCUUUUGCUUCCCAAGUGGCAUACUGCAUUAAAAAGCUAAACAUCCCCCGCGACAAACUAAACCCCAAUGGAGGCGCCAUUGCCUUGGGCCACCCCCUGGGCUGCACCGGGGCGCGGCAGAUUGCAACUUUGCUGCCGGAGCUGCGGCGCAGAAAGGCCCGCUUUGGAGUUGUGUCGAUGUGCAUUGGGACUGGGAUGGGUGCAGCAGCAGUGUUGGAGAACUGCAUGCAUGCAUGCGACUGA